AUGUCGAGUGCAUCCAGUGAUUCAGAAGAUGAAAGAGAUAUAAUCGAGUAUUACUUCGCUAGAGGAUUCCAAUAUAAUGCUAUUGUAGAUUUUCUUUCUAAACGACAUGGGAUAUCAAUGUCAGAGCGUACAUUGAGAUCACGUUUAAACGCCUAUGGUUUGAGAAGAAGAUCACCAGAGUAUAAUUUAGACGAAAUACGAGGUUUAAUACAGGAGAAACUACGAGGACCUGCCUGCAUGGGAGGAUAUCGUUCCAUGUGGCAUGCACUCUGUAUUGGUGGCCAUCAAGUACCACGUAAUGUUGUUGAGCAACUAAUGAGAGAACUUGACCCUGAAGGAUGCCAAAUCAGGAAAGCAAGGCGCUUACGCAGAAGGACAUAUCGGGUGCCUGGUCCCAACCAUUGCUGGCACACUGACGGAUAUGAUAAACUGAAGCCAUAUGGUUUCCCCAUCCACGGCUGCAUAGAUGGAUGGAGCAGGAAAAUUAUUUGGCUUCGUGUUGCAAGAUCCAAUAACAACCCAAUAGUUCCUGGACUGUUCUAUGUUGAAAGUGUGGCAGAAUAUGGCUGUCCUGUGAAAUUGCGAUCAGACUGUGGAACAGAGAAUGGCGUUAUGGCUGCAUUGCAGUGCGAAUUUCGCUCCUCCUCAGAUGCCCAUUUUUUGGAACAUCCCCAGCUAACCAGAGAAUUGAAUCCUGGUGGUCACAAUUGA